CUCUCAACAACUACCUUUUCAGAAAAGCUUGUACAUUGGAUAUAUGUUUUAUUUCCCAUAAUGCACCAGCUAAACCCUGUUAAUCUUUGUAGUAAACCCCCUUUCAGGCCGCACACUUCCAGCAGAUUCCCAUAGCCCGUCUACAUCAGCCUGACCCAAGCGAAAUGGCGGCGCGCGCUGACUACGGCCCUGGCGCCGGCUGAUGACGCACUUCCGGAAGGUGAGGUCAGAUCUUUCCUGUGCCGCCAUUUCGGGUUUGGUGAGGUCGGGAUCAGCCAGAAGUGCUCGUUUGCCGUGUCUGUAGCGGGCGGCGUCGGUAGGCGCCUAAAAAGGCGGAGAAAGCGUACCGGGGAGUGAGCAGGGGCCAUGGCCGGCAACUUCGACUCUGAAGACCGAGCGAGCUGGUACUGGGGCAGGCAGAACCGACAGGAGGCGGUGAAUCUGCUGCAGGGGCAGCGGCACGGAGUGUUCCUGGUGCGGGACUCCGCCACCAUCCCCGGGGACUACGUGCUCUCCGUCAGCGAGAACUCCAAGGUCUCCCAUUACAUCAUCAAUAGCGUCAGCAACAACCGGCAGUCCGGGGUAAAUCAGUCCCGAUUCAGGAUAGGCGAUCAAGAGUUUGAGUCCUUACCUGCACUAUUGGAAUUUUACAAAAUCCAUUAUCUGGACACUACCACUUUAAUAGAGCCUGUUUCCAAGUCUAAGCAAUCUGGAGUGAUCCAGAGACAAGAAGCAGAAGAGUAUGUCCGGGCUCUCUUUGACUUUAAUGGUAAUGAUGAUGAAGAUCUUCCAUUUAAGAAGGGAGACAUCCUAAGAAUCCGGGAUAAACCUGAGGAGCAGUGGUGGAAUGCUGAGGACAGCGAAGGAAGACGGGGCAUGAUACCUGUCCCUUAUGUGGAAAAGUACAGGCCUCCCUCAACUGCCGGGUCUGCUCUGAUUGGAGGUAACCAGGAAAAUUCGCAUCCGCAGCAGCUGGGUGGGCCGGAGCCAGGGCCCUAUGCCCAGCCCAGUAUCAACACUCCGCUGCCUAACCUCCAGAAUGGGCCCAUUUUUGCCAGGGUUAUCCAGAAGCGAGUCCCUAAUGCCUACGACAAGACAGCCCUGGCUUUGGAGGUUGGUGACCUGGUAAAGGUAACCAAGAUUAACGUCAGUGGUCAAUGGGAAGGAGAAUGCAAUGGAAAGUAUGGUCAUUUUCCUUUUACACACGUGCGUCUGCUGGAUCAACAGAACCCCGAUGAAGACUUCAGCUGAGUGUGAUCUGGAGCAGUUUCUAAAAUGCGAACAAUCUUGCUCUAUUUCCCUCUUUCUCCAUCUGCCAUUUAGACUGCCUUCCACAGGUUUCAAGAUAUUUAGCCAAUGAAAAGUAGUAAUAACCCAGAUUACCCCUUAAUUGCAAUCACUCAGUUCCUAUCAGAUUUGGCAGAGUCAGGGUACGAGCUUGGAUUGUGUCUUUAAAGUAGGCAGAAUAUAAACGGUAACCCUCGGCAAUAUCUAAUACCAUGCAGAUGCAGUGAACUGCACCAUUGCUUGUAGCAAGGAAUUUUAUCUGAACAAGAGACUUUUUAUAGGGCCUUUGUUGUAUCUUCCUUAAUCACUGAUAUUUUCCAGGUUGGACAUCACCAAUUUAUAACACUGACUCUUGAAUAUAUUUCCUUAGGUAAACACACUGUCUCUCUUAUUGGGUCCUGUCAAUAGGCUAAUAGGCCAAUGUAGAUGUUAACGUUCUUCUAAACCAGAGCUCAUUUUCCUUUCGGCCGUUCCCAGUAUUAUUGCUUUAAUUUUAUAAGGUCCAAGCUGGGGGUUUCAAUACAUUUCUUGACCGCCUGGACCAACGCCCUAUUUUUCCUUUUUGUUUGUGAAUGUUCAUUAUGUACUAAGUAACACACCAUCUUCAGAGUGCCCUGAGCGUACCUCGAGGCAGUGUGUUCAUGAAUAAAUGCAUUUCUGUAUGUAUGACAUUAUAAUUCCAUCAUGUGCCUCAACUUCUAGAUUGUUGCAUGUAUACAUGUAUUUUUGUUGCCAACAAGGACAAACUUUUUUUGUGUGUGUUUUUAUAAGAUAUGACAAAAGCCCCCAUAAUAAUUUGGCCUCUAGCAAGUUCCCUAUAUAUGCUUCUUUUUUAGAGGUAGUCCUUUUUUUUUUCUAUAGGGAACAAGUAAGAGUACUCCUAAUUGUUAAAUAUGGAUCUGAUGUAUUUUAUGUUGAUAUGUAGAAACUACUAAAAUAAAGACAAUUUAAUGAGAGGGGGUGAAAGGACCAUUGAAUCACUGUGGUAUUUCUGCCUCUGUGUUAUUUUGACAUAAAACCUCCUUUUAAGCCCUUCCUAAAUGGCUCCCAUUCUUUUAUCACCUGCUCUUUGAAGGAGGCAUUUAGAUGGCAUUUAUAUAUAUAAAUAUAUUUUCUUUAGAAUGCACAUUUACUGUGAGCAUAAUGAAUUAUUUUAUUAUGACUAGUAUAAAUAAAUGCAUAGUUUAAUUAAACUUAGUCAAGGCCAGAUAAGAGGGAGGUUCAUGUUUUACGUACGUCUGUGCAUGUGCUAGGAGGAUGGGAAAAAUACCAUUGCCUUUGGGAACCAUUUAGACCACUCCUACACUUUGACUAUUUGACUUUUGUUUUUUGUUAGUGGUUUGGCAGUAAGAACUCUUAUAGACCUAAACAGAACCUUAAAGCUUAAGCAUCGGAAAGUGUGUUGGUUACCUGGCUCCUGGAAGACUUGAUAUUAAGUUUUUAAAUGGGUUUUCCCAUUACCCAGAUUAGUAGAACUCCUACUUAAUGAUUGACAUGUGCUCCAGUGUGUUAUCAAUAAAUUACUCUUUGCAAGUUUCAUAUCCCCCCCCCAAGCAUCAUGCAGUAUGAAGAAAUGUGGCCAGGCUUUGUUCCGGCUUGGUUCACAGUUUUCUAGCACUGAACUCAAUGUGAUGCAGUGUUGUCCCAUUAUACCCACAAUUCCCCGGAGUUUUCAGUGGUUGUUGAGUGAACUUAAUAGCCAGGUAUGUGGCUGUGCAGAAGGAAGGUUUAAAAUUACACUGCGCAUGCAUGACUCCAGACUUUAUUGCCGCAGUUGUAUGUGACCCACACAUGAAUUUAUAAGCAGAGUGGACAUCUUGGUGGAUAACUGCAAAACAAAAAAUUAGAUAUUACAUACAUACGGCAUAGAUCACUUUAGCCCUUUUUUUUUUUUUUUUUUUUUUUUACUUAAAGGGGUAUUCUGGCUUCAUACAUCUUAUCCCCUAUCCAACGGAUAGGGGAUAAGAUGUAUGAUUGCAGGGGUCUCAGUGUAGCCCCUGGCUUUCUGUGCCGGGUGCUGCCUCAAAGAUGGAGAUGUGACAUCGGCCGCGUUCCCUCGUGACGUCACACCAUGCCCCGCCACGCCCCCUCCAUUCAUGUCUAUCGCCCCCUCCCAUAGACAUGAAUGGAGGGGGCGUGACUUGGCAUCACGUCCCCAUCUCUGAGGCAGCAACCGGUACAGAAUCUUGGGGAUCCUUAGCGGCGGGACCCCUGCGAUCAUACAUCUUAUCCCCUAUCCUUUGGAUAAAGGAUAAGAUGAAUAAAGCCGGAAUACCCCUUUAAUGGGACAUACCCCUUUUAUUGCUCUCCCUAGUCCACCGUAGCAGUCGUGUGCACCUGUUAGGUUGGAACUAGCAAUUUUUAGUCUGUGCCAUCUGGGUAGCCAGAAUUACAACAUUUCUGACUAGGUAUUCAUUCUUAGGUGCAGUGUAUUAACAUGAAAUCAUAUUUGGCUUUCAGAACAUGGCCAUGCCUUGUUUGAAGAUGCACUACUGUUUAGCCAUUCUAACCCCUUUUGCUGUAGCAAUGUGAUUCGAGAGCAGCCAGCUUUGUAAAAACUCCGUUACAUUUCAAGUUCCAUUUUGCUGCACUUGCCUCAGUAGAAUGACUAUACCAGUUCUGUAAAUGUGAUUGUUUUGCCAUAGUCUUGAUGACACUGACCUAUUUUGUGAAUGUUAUGUAAUUUCUUUACUAUGAUACAUGUCUUCUAAUAUGUCGCCUGUAGGCUUUUGGAGCGAUUUACAUCCAUCUGGGAACCAGUAUGAAUGGCCCUGCAGUCGCAGCUAGAGAUGAGCGAAGUUACAGUCAUUCGACUCGUCACAAACUUCUCAACUAGGCGU